AUGCCUUCUAAAGAAAAAAAUAAAAAAGACGAGUAUGGAGCCGAGAGUAUUCAAGUCCUAGAAAACAUUGAAGCGGUUCGCAAAAGACCCGGAAUGUAUAUCGGUUCCACGGACGAACAAGAAGUAAUUGAUAAUUCAAUCGACGAAGCCGUUGCUGGUUAUUGUAGUCAAGUUAAAAUAACUCUUUCUGCUGAUCAAAAAAUUAUUACAGUUGAGGACAACGGACGAGGAGGUAAAUUUGAUAACAAGGUUUACAAAACUUCCGGUGGACUGCACGGAGUUGGAGUGACGGCUGUCAAUGCUCUCUCGGCCAACUUAAAAGCAGCCAAUGGAAUUACUAUUACUUUCACUCCGGACCCAAAAAUUUUUCAAGAGUUCACCUACUUUAAAAUUGAAACUAUUCAAAAUCGUUUAAAAGAAUUAGCUUAUCUCAAUCCCAAUGAAAAAUAUCCAAAUCUAAAAGUAAGUGUUUUAAAAGACGAUGUUUUAGAGGGUUUAGUAACUAUUUUAGCGGUUCGGAUGAAAGACCCCCAAUUUUCGGGACAAACCAAGGACCGCUUGGCUAAUAAACCAGUUCGGGAAAUUGUCAAAAAUGCGACUUAUGAUUUAGUCAAAAAGUUUCUCCAAGAUCAUGGAAGUAGUGCGGAAGCAAUUAGUCGCCAAAUUAUAACUACCGCUCAAAAUCGGGUCAAGUAUGAGGAGUAUGAAAAAUCUUUGCGCGAAGGAGGACGGAGCGCUGCUUUACCUGGCAAACUAGCCCCUUGUAUUUCGAAGGAGAUUGCUAACAAUGAGUUAUUUAUUGUCGAAGGAGAAUCAGCGGGAGGUAGUGCUAAAUUAGCCCGUGAUCCGUAUAAUCAAGCUGUUUUACCAGUCCAAGGAAAAAUUAUUAAUGUGGAAAAGGCUGAACGAGCCAAAAUCCUGGAAAAUGAAGAAAUUAAGAACUUAAUUAACGCUCUCGGGUUUAGUGUCAGUGAAGCUACUCAAAACCAUUAUAAUCGUUUUCGAACUAAAUUAGAAGCCGAGAUGCAAUUACAAACUAUAGUUGAAAAAACACAACAGGAUUUGUUAAAAAAACUUCGUUACGGCAAAAUAGUGAUUAUGACCGAUGCUGACCCCGAUGAAACUAAGUAUUUUUAUAGUGAUCAUGAAUUAGAAGUUUAUCAGCAAGAAAAUAAGGGAACUAUCGGCCGUCUGCAACGAUUUAAAGGUUUGGGAGAAAUGAAUCCUCAACAAUUGCGGGAAACUACCAUGGCAAUCAAAAAACGUUGCCUUCAUGAAUUACUUUUCCCUAAUCCCCCUACUAUCCGGGAAAUUAUUCAAGAUUUAAUGGGUUCAAAGAGCGAACCCCGCAAAAAACGUUUAGAAAGUGGUGAACACAAAAACGCUCAAUUAACAGUAAUUGAUAAUAAAGUAGACAUUGGACAGGCCUUAUUAGUAAAAUUUCUGGAAUAUGCCUACGAAGUAGUAGAGGACCGGGCUCUGCCGCAAUUAUAUGAUGGAUUAAAACCAGUUCAACGAAGAAUACUUUAUACUCUUUAUGAAUUAGGAUUAUUGUCAAACAAGCCACAUCGGAAAGCGGCCAAGGUAGUUGGGGAUGUAAUUGGUAAAUAUCACCCUCAUGGUGAUCAAAGUGUUUAUCAAGCCAUGGUGAAAAUGGCUCAAGACUUCAAUUAUCGCUAUCCGCUCAUUGAUGGACAAGAAAAGGAACCAAAAAUAUUACCGGCUAAUCUUAACCUAUUAUUAAAUGGCUCUAGUGGUAUUGCGGUCGGAAUGAGUACUAAUAUUCCACCUCACAAUUUAGGAGAAGUGGUUGAUGCUACUAUUAAUCUUAUUCAGCAACCAGAAAUUAGUUUAGAACAAUUGAUUACUUAUCUGCCAGCCCCUGAUUUUCCCACUGGUGGCCAAAUCUUAGAACAAGAAAAGUUACAUAGCAUCUAUGAAAAAGGCGAAGGAACCAUUUACAUGCGGGCCAAGGCCGAAAUUAUUUCUAGCAAAGGUGAAAAGGAAAAGAAAGAUUUAAUACAUAUUACUGAAUUACCUUAUAAGGUUAACAAGGCUAAAUUGGUCGAAAGUAUUAGUCGGAUAAUUAAAGAUAAAGAUAAAAUAGAUGUUAUUCUCAAUCAAUUAUACAAGUCCACUAAAUUGCAGAGUACUUUUGCCGUAAAAAUGCGGGCUUUAAUUGAUGAUCAACCGAAAGUUUUUUCUCUAAAGGAAGUUUUAGAAGGAUUUAUUAGCCAACGUUUAGAAAAUAUUCAGAAAAAGGCUCGAUUUAUUUACAAAAAGAAUCAAAAAGAGUUAAUUAAUUUAGAAACCCGUCGUUUCAUUAUCGAUAAUUAUCGCGAAAUUGCCGAAAUUGCUCAUACUUCCUCUUCUGAUGAAGAAAGAGAAAAAAAAUUAAAAACUCGUUUCAGUGCGGAGUUGAAAAAGUUACAAGAACAAUUACGAACAAUACAGGAAAAGUCGGAUGAUUCGUCUGAGAAACCAAGUAAUUUAGAGCAAGAAGCGAUUAACCGUAUUUUAGAUACUCCCGCUAGUUUCCGUCAAUUUACUCCUGAACGAAGGGAAAAAUUACAAAACGAUAUUAAUAAACUCCAACAGGAUAACGCUGAACAACAAUCAAUAAUUAAUCAGCAAGAGAAAAGAAAAGAAAAAUUAAUUCAAGAAUUACAAGAAUUAAAAAGCAGUUAUCCGCACGAUAAAAGAAAAACUACCGUUACUUCCAUCCAGCAUUCGAUCGAAGAAAGACAAUUGAUUCCGCAUGAAGAAAGAAUUAUUUUACUGAGUCGCUCAGAAAACAAAAAAGAAAACAAAAUCAAUAAUUAUUUAACGGUUCAUAGUUUGGCAGCCGUGGAGCCAACUAAUAUUCCUAGCCAAGGAAAAGAGUUAAAAACUAGGGGAGAUAAUUGA